GUUUGAGGAUGAAUUAUGGGCAUGAAGCCCAUCCCAUCCCUAGAAGAUGCAUUUAAUAUGAUCAGGUAUGAGGAAAGUCAUAAAGAACUUAUUCAUAAUUCUUCAUCUACUCUUUCUAUUCUUCCUUCCUCAAGCUUAGAAGCCUCGGCCAUGGUGGCACGUGGAAACCAGGGUGGAGAGCGAAUGGGGAAGAAGCAUCUCAAAUGUGAUUAUUGUAACAAAAAUGGUCACACCAGGGAAUCGUGUUGGGAAAUUCAUGGGAAACUAGCCCAUAUAAAGCAACGAACUAAAGGUGAUAAGAAGGGCUUCAUAAUAAACAACUCUGACAAUGACAUGCUCAAUAAUGAAGAUCUCUCUGUCUUACGAAGAAUUCUAGAAAAGUAUUCUCAGGAAAGACCAAUUGAGAACACCCUUCUCAUUGCUGUACUCCAAUUCGAGUUACAAGAUGCUGGAUGCUGGACAGAUGCUGCUACCUUAGCUUCAACUCACUUAAAUGGAUCUGAUUAUGCAAGGGUGUUGCAAAGGUGGGCCGGGCAUGUUCUUCACAGUGAACAUAAUAUAUGGAGGGCUCUGAUCUUGUAUGUUGCUGCUGGUGCACUGCAAGAGGCAUUGGCAGCACUUCGUGAGGCUCAACUACCUGACACAGCUGCAAUGUUCAUUCUCGCUUGCCGUGAAAUCCGUGCAGAGUUAGUUUCCAAGUUAGGUAAGACGGACGAUGAAUCAAAUUCUUCCAUCCAUGAUAAGGUACUACACUUGUCAGGGUUAGAUCCACAGAAUGAAGAUGUCAUUGCAGUUGGUGAAUACUUUGGGCAGUAUCAAAGAAAGUUAGUGCAUCUAUGCAUGGAUGCGCAGCCAUUCUCAGACUAAGUCAAAGGAUCAGAUGGUUUCAAUAAACAGUCGUUGCUAAAAGUGUGUAUACUGGAGAGAAGGCAUGCGAAUGAAAAUGAUCUAGAGCAAUUUGGAGAGGCAGUAUAUCAGUUUUGAUUAAAACUAUUCUGAUUAAUUGCAGAGAAAACAUUCUCCAUAAAAGGUUUUUUUCUUGGGUUGAUUAUACUAUAGCAGCUGGUGUGUAAAUUUGUGCCUGCUGCGAAUUAUUUGUAAACGUUUCUGUUUGAUACGAUGAGUUGAGGAGGUUGGAUAUGCAGCUUGAGAAUAGUAUGCUAUUGUCAAUGAUUACAAUAUUUCCUUGCCGUUGUUGGAUAAUUGAGCAUUCUUUUUUGUUCA